AUGAAGGUGAGAAAUAGUGUAGUGGUAUUGACCAAUGGGGAAUUAGAAUUGAUUAGAAGAGGGAAUAUUCUAGCAUUGAGCAGGGUGCGCCCUACUGGUCAAGAGGAAGAGUUAGAGAAGACCGAGGGAAAAAUUGACAAAAUAAACACGCCCGAGAGUUAA